AUGGCUCAGCAUGAGACCUACGGGAACUGGAUCGGGCCCCCCCCAGCGCCCCCCAAGGGCCUGGUGCGGGCAGCAGGAAUCUAUGGCGGUGCCGGGAAGAGGACACCCAUGGGGGACCUGAGACCGGCAUCCCUGGACAGCUUCGAGGAUGACUACGAUGAUGUAUCCCUAUCGGAACUGGAUCGUGGCCACAAGCCCCCGGUGGCCGAUGAAGAUCUGCAGAGCCAGAGGAGCAGAGGAGGUACCGGGGUCUACAUCCUUGCUGGCAAACCAGCAUCUCCACAUCCAUCCCAAAAGGCAGAGCCCAAGGGUGGAAGGGGACGGAGCAGCAGGGACACAUCCGUGGCCAUCCUCUAUGUCCUGGUGGUGCUGAGCUUUGUCGCUUGGGGGCUGCUCUUUGCCUUGGCUGUGGUGAAGCAGAUGGAAAUCACGGCCGAGCUGAAGCUCCUGAAGGAGAACUACUCAGAGAAUGAAGCCAGUGUGCGGCAGGAGCUGUGGGAGAUGCAACAGGAGCAGACACGGAUGUGGAGUGGGAUGCACAACUACUAUGAGGAGCUGCAGGACAUCACGGCGCUGAUCUGCAGAUCCGUGCAGGACAGCAGGAAGUGCUGGGCUGGAUGGAGGAUCUUCCAGCAGAGCUGCUAUUUCUUCUCCACCAAGCCCAUGAACUGGUGGGACGCGAACAAGACGUGUGCUGAGCAAGGGGCUCAUCUGGUCUUCAUCACCUCGGAGAUGGAGCAGAACUUCCUGAAGGACAACAUCAACACCACGUACUGGUUGGGAGUGACGGAUCAGCAGAAGGAAGGCACCUGGCUCUGGACCAAUGGCGAACAUCCGCAUAUCAGCUAUUGGAACACAUGGAAAGUGAACAAAGACAGAGACCAGAAGGAUUGCGGCAUCAUCGGACCCGAUGGCAUCUGGAAUGACGAGAGAUGCUCCCAUUCCAGCCGCUGGAUCUGUGAGAAGUCCUGGAAUUGCUGAAUUUCCCCCAUUCCCAGCCCAUUUCCAGGACAAAAGGUUCAUCCCACACUGGAGCCGGAUGGAUUUUGUGCCUUGGGGGGGAUGUGGCAGCUCCACAUUCCCACUUUGUUGCCUGUUCCGGAUGUUCAAUCCCUAAAGGAAACCCAGCACAACCCCACUGAGCUCCCAACCUGACCAUAACCCAUGGGGAAAACGGGAUUUCCAGCUAAAAUGGCUCUCAAAUGGUUAAAUCCCAUUGCCCAGCACCAAAUCCUUCCUCAUUCCCAGAAAAUACCAUUUCAGUCAAAUCCUGUUUAUUUUCCCACUUUCCAUGUACCUUUUCCUGUAUUUAUCCUUCCCAUCUGUUCCCAACCCCCCAAUUCCCAGUUUUCCUCUAUUAUCCAUCACAUG